CCCCUUUCGUUAUCAAUUUGCACUUUUACAACUUCAAGGCCUGACAGAACACUCUCUUCAAUCCUCCACUUCAUCUCCGCCGUCCAUUCCGUUGACUUUCUCUUACUCCUAAAUAGUCAAACCUUCUUAACCACCCCAAAUAAAAUAAAGUUCCGAUUGAAGAACAAGGGCGUUGGACUUUUCUCUUUAUUUUUGGGACUUCAGGAAAUAAGAAAAUUUCAAUAUUGAGGAGGAGGAGGAGCCCUAGAGUGUAAUGAUCAGAUGUUAUCAGGUGUGUGGUAAGAGACGACAUGAUCAACACAGCCAACGGUAUGAUUUCGACCUCUUCUUCAUCGGCGAAUGCCCAAUCACUGGGUUUGAAGACUUAUUUUAAGACCCCAGAAGGUCGAUAUAAGCUUCACUAUGAAAAGACUUACCCUUCUGGCCUUCUUCACUAUUCUCAUGGCAAAACGGUUACUCAGGUUACCCUAGCACAUUUAAAGGACAAGCCGGCUCCGCCAACUCCAACAGCUUCAUCAUCCAGCUUCAUUUCCAGUAGUGGGGUAAGAUCAGCAGCAGCAAGGUGGCUAGGUAGUGGGAAUGGGAGCCGUGCACUUGGCUUUGUUGGAGGAAAUGGUGGGAGUAAAAGUGUUAGCAGUACUAAUAGGUUUGGGUCAUUGGGUGGUUCGAGUCCGAGUAAUUCAACAGCUAGUACAAAUUUUGAUGGGAAAGGAACUUAUUUAAUAUUCAAUGUCGGUGAUGCUAUUUUUAUAAGUGAUUUGAAUUCUCAGGAUAAGGACCCAAUAAAAUCUAUCCAUUUCAGUAAUUCGAACCCUGUCUGCCAUGCAUUUGAUCAGGAUGCCAAGAAUGGGCAUGACUUGCUUAUAGGGUUGAAUUCUGGUGAUGUUUACUCAGUAUCAUUAAGACGGCAGUUACAGGAUGUUGGAAAGAAGCUUGUUGGGGCACAACAUUACAAUAAAGAUGGUUCUGUAAAUAGCAGUCGCUGUACUAGUAUUGCAUGGAUUCCUGGAGGCGAUGGUGCUUUUUUGGUUGCUCAUGCUGAUGGAAAUAUGCAUGUUUAUGAAAAGAACAAGGAUGGUGCUGGUGAUUCUUCGUUCUCUGUUAUCAAAGAUCAAACUCAAUUUUCUGUUGCACAUGCACGACAUAGUAAGAGUAACCCGAUUGCAAGAUGGCAUGUAUGUAAAGGUUCAAUUAAUAGCAUUGCUUUCUCCUCUGAUGGGGCCUAUUUAGCAACUGUUGGAAGAGAUGGUUAUCUGCGAGUUUUUGACUAUUCAAAAGAACAGCUAGUAUGUGGCGGCAAAAGCUAUUAUGGCGCUCUAUUGUGUUGUGCUUGGAGUAUGGAUGGAAAAUAUAUUCUGACUGGAGGUGAAGAUGACCUGGUUCAAGUUUGGAGUAUGGAAGAUCGAAAGGUUGUGGCAUGGGGGGAGGGGCACAACUCAUGGGUUAGUGGAGUGGCGUUUGAUUCAUAUCGGUCAUCACCUAAUUCAGAUGGCACAGGGGAGAGUGUGAGGUACCGGUUCGGUUCUGUUGGUCAGUUGUUAUUGUGGGAUCUGGAAAUGGAUGAAAUAGUUGUGCCAUUGCGUCGAUGCCCUCCUGGUGGAUCUCCUAUAUACAGCACCGGGAGCCAAUCUUCCCACUGGGACAAUGUAGGCCUAUCUGGUACCCUGCAACCUGCGCCAAGCAUUCGAGAUGUUCCGAAAGUUUCACCACUAGUUGCUCAUCGUUUUUAUACCGAACCCCUCUCAGGCAUGAUUUUUACCCCGGAAUCUGUACUCACUGUUUAUCGAGAGGGGCACAUAAAAGUUUGGAUGAGACCCGGUGUUGCAGAAAGCCAGCAAAGCAACAGUGAAACCGUGUUAAGUUCCAUUUCCAAGGAUAAACCACUACUUUCGAGCAAGAUAAGCAGUUCUAGCUACAAACAAUGACCAGAGAUCCAUUGGUAUUUGCUAGUGUGGCCGCUCACUUCUCGGUAUCAGUUGGUUUUCUUGAAGCAAUGAGGGUAACCAACUGCAUCCGUUGUAUAUUCAAGGACAACAAUGCCAUUGACAGAACCAAAGAGAGAAAUGGAGGAAGAACUUCCUUCCACAUCAAAUACAAACGGCUAUUUCUAGAAU